CUGCGGCGUCCACAUUCGCCUGUGAGGACGCGGACACUGGUGAGGGGAGCUGGGAUCGCCGGGCCGGAGGCCUGACCUCUGCACACGCUGUGGCCGCCGGGUGGGAGGUCCUUGUCCUCCCCACUCAGCAGACCGACAGCUGCCGUGCGGCGGGUCUGUUUGUUCAGUGUCUCCUGUGUUCUCCGCUCGCUGGAGGACAAAGUUUUCUCCAGAAGCAUUUGCAUUUCUUCCGGCAUCUAAACGGAGCCCCACGGGUGCUUAGGAUUCCUCGGGCCCAGCGCUGAAACGAGCACUUGUUUAACUUCACCUGUGUGGCUCCCCGCGGGAGGCCUCAUUCACGCAGUCACGUUUGUGGAGCUCUGCUUUGCGCCAUCUUUGGUUCCUGACCUUGGGCAAGUGAAUUAAGCCGUCCCCUGUAAAAUUCGGCUAACACCUGCCUCACGGGGUGACUGGAGGGAUUAGAUGACAUAAUACAUAUUGAUGAGUACGUGCCCAGCAUAUACGAGGUUACCAGGUGACAGGGGUGUUUAUGAAGAACUGGGACUCACUGGAUGAACAUGGGGUCUGUACUGCUGACAAAGACUGUGAAGAUGCUUACAGAGUUUGCCAGAUCUUAGACAUCCCUUUCCAUCAAGUGUCCUACGUAAAGGAGUAUUGGAACGAUGUGUUCAGUGAUUUUUUGAAUGAGUAUGAAAAAGGAAGGACUCCCAAUCCUGACAUAGUUUGCAACAAGCACAUCAAAUUCAGUUGCUUUUUUCAUUAUGCUGUGGAUAAUCUUGGGGCAGAUGCCAUUGCCACAGGUCACUACGCGAGAACUUCACUGGAAGAUGAAGAAGUCUUUCAGCAGAAGCACAUUAAGAAGCCAGAAGGGCUUUUCAGAAAUCGAUUUGAAGUUAGAAAUGCGGUAAAACUCCUCCAGGCAGCUGACAGCUUUAAAGACCAGACCUUCUUUCUCAGCCAGGUUUCCCAGGAUGCCCUGAGGAGAACCAUCUUCCCUCUGGGGGGAUUAACGAAAGCGUUCGUAAAGAAAAUCGCUGCUGAGAAUAGACUUCAUCAUGUGCUUCAGAAGAAAGAGAGCAUGGGCAUGUGUUUCAUCGGGAAGAGGAAUUUUGAACAUUUCCUUCUUCAGUAUUUGCAGCCUCGACCUGGUCACUUUAUUUCCAUAGAAGACAAUAAGGUUCUGGGAACACAUAAAGGUUGGUUCCUGUAUACCUUGGGCCAGAGAGCAAACAUAGGUGGCCUGAGAGAGCCCUGGUACGUGGUGGAGAAGGACAGCGUCAAGGGGGACGUGUUUGUGGCCCCCCGGACAGACCACCCGGCCCUGUACAGGGACCUGCUGAGGACCAGCCGCGUGCACUGGAUCACGGAGGAGCCUCCCGCAGCACUGGUCCGGGACAAGAUGAUGGAGUGCCACUUCCGAUUCUACCACCAGAUGGCACUAGUGCCCUGUGUGCUGACCCUCAAUCAAGAUGGCACCGUGUGGGUGACAGCUGCGCAGGCUGUGCGUGCCCUUGCCACAGGACAGUUUGCUGUGUUCUACAAGGGGGACGAGUGCCUGGGCAGCGGGAAGAUCCUGCGGCUGGGACCGUCUGCCUACAUGCUCCAGAAGGGCCAGCGCAGAGCUGGGGUGGCCACCAAGAGCCCCAGUGACGGCCCAGAAGAUGGCCCAGGCCUAAGUCCCUUGCUCUGACAGAGAUGGAGCUGCUAGAAGGAACCUGGAGAGCAGGACCCAGGGCUGGGUGGCUGGUGAGCAGUCCAGAUCCCCAAGGGCCAGCUUGCUGCUGCCCAAAGCAGAGGAAGCCGGGCUGGCCGAGGGUCCGAAAAGCCCACAGGGGCCCGGCGAGCCCCAGGAAGAGCCUCACCUCCAGGCUGGGCCUCACCUCCAGGCUGGGGCUCUGGCUGCCGGAGCAUCUGCUGGCUGGUGGGGUGGCCCGAGUUCCCCUUCACCGCCCCCAGGGAGGGUUUCCCACCUCAGAGCACACCGAGGGGACCUACAGAGGGGGCUGCAGGGACAACAUGGAAUAAACAUUAUUUCAAGGA